AUGCGCUCCGCCGCUGUCCUGGCGCUUCUCUUGUGCGCCGGGCAAGUCAUUGCCCUUCCUGUGAACAGCCCUAUGAAUAAAGGAGACACCGAGGUGAUGAAGUGCAUCGUGGAGGUCAUCUCUGACACGCUCUCCAAGCCCAGCCCCAUGCCUGUCAGCCAGGAGUGUUUCGAGACACUCCGAGGAGAUGAGCGGAUCCUCUCAAUCCUGCGACAUCAGAAUUUGCUGAAAGAGCUCCAAGACCUUGCUCUCCAAGGUGCCAAGGAGAGGGCACAUCAGAAGAAACACAGCAGUUUUGAGGAUGGACUCUCAGACGCUCUUGAGAAGCAGAAUGACCAGGCGGAGCUGAAAGAGGUGACGGGUGAGGCGUCCCCCAAGGAUGCUGCGGAGAAAAGAGAGGAUUCUAAAGACACAGAGAAGGGUGGAGACACAGAUGGAGCCAGGCCCCAGGCCUCCCCGGAGCCUGGCCAGGGGUCCAAGUUCGAGGAGGAUAGCCAGGCCCCGGGGGAGCAGGAGGUCGCCAACACCGACCCCCCAGACAACCUUCCCAGCCAGAAACACCCAGGCCCACAGGCCGAGGAGGACAGCAAGAGCCUCCCCCAGGGCCUGGCGGACAGAGAGAAGGGCGUGGGUGCGGAGCAAGGGCAGCAGGCCAAGCGAGAAGAGGAGGAGGAAGAGGAGGAGGCCACAGAGGCUGGAGAGAAGGCUGUCCUUGAAGAAGAAAGCCCCACUGAGGCAUUUAACCCCCACCCAAGCCUUGGUUACAAGGAGAUCCAGAGGGGUGAGAGUUGGUCCGAGGCUCUGGCUGUGGAUGGAGCCGGGAAGACUGGGGCUGAGGAGGCUCAGCCCCCUGAGGGGAAGAGCGAGCGGGAGCACUCCCGGCAGGAGGAGGAGGAGAUAGCCGAGGCCCCUCAAGGCCCCUUCCGGGGCGGGAAGAACAGGGAGCUAGAGCCGGAACAGGAGGAGGAACAGCUCUCCAAGGAGUGGGAGGAGGCCAAGCGAUGGAGCAGGAUGGACCAGCUGGCCAAGGAGCUGACGGCCAAGAAGCGGCUGGAGGAGGAGGACGAGGAGGAUGACCCUGACCGCUCCAUGAAGCUCUCCUUCCGGGCCCGGGCCUACGACUUCAGGGGCCCUGGGCUGCAGCUGCGCCGAGGCUGGAGGCCGUCCUCCCAGGAGGACAGCGUGGAGGCGGGCCUGCCCCUCCAGGUGCGCGGCUACCCCGAGGAGAAGAAGGAGGAGGAGGGCAGCGCCAACCGCAGACCAGAGGACCAGGAGCUGGAGAGCCUGUCGGCCAUCGAGGCGGAGCUGGAGAAGGUGGCCCACCAGCUGCAGGCGCUGCGGCGGGGCUGA